AUGACAGAAAGUGACGAAGGAGAACAUCAAGUCGGUCUACAAAAAUGGCAAAACUCAUUAGAGAAAAGGAGAUUCCCGGAUGAGGAGGUUAGGAGGAAGGUCCUGGAGAAUAGCAGUACAACUUUGGUUCCAGCAGUGGAGACGACAAGCGAAAGGAGAGACGUGCGGUGGUGGAACUACACCAGAAGCUUCAAAGAGAGCCACAGCCCGAUGUGUGUAUAUGACCCGUUAAACUUUCACGACACCAAGAUCAGAGAGUCCUGCGUGAUCAAGCCAACGCGUCCACCACUAUCCGUCGUGGCCAUCUAUCUCCAAGGAGAGAUGAAAUUCCGUUUUCAUCUUAACAGUUUGUGGGACAUUGCGAUGUGGCUUGAUCUGAUUGUGAAACUGUGUAAAUGAGCAUGAAGUUUAUGCGAGUCCACAACUCCAAAGUCUCUAAUUAUUUCGUUUAUCUGCAAAGGGGAUAAUGAAGAGCUGAAGGAGAAUGAAUCAAUUCCAUGCUGGGAGCAUCAGUAUGUGAACGAUUUUAUGAUGAACAUUUUCUUGCAUCGGGAAACAUUUUUUUGUCAAAAUUAAUUCUUCUCGCAGUGUAUAAUCCACGAGUCCGUCGAUAUCAUCAGAAGACGAUUGAACUUACACGAGACCUCACGUUGGAUUCAUGUUUAAUAUAAAAAUAACGACAUUUCAAUGAUUUAUCGACGUAUCGAGUAUCGAUUAAUUAGUAUCUAGCAUCAACUGCACCUAGUGCAGUUUGUCAAAGAUCAUUCACCCAUCAAGGACACCUUUACAAUAUUAAAUUACACAACCAUGAUCAUCUCAUCCAUCAGUUUCAAUAAUUUCCAAUAAGAAUAGCAUUUGCAUUCAACAGAUGUCCGUAAUUUUAAACUCAAAAUCCUAUUGGCGGAAUGAUCGAGUGAAAGGGCGCAUCCACGUGUUAGACUCUUGGCAUGAGUGCUUUCAAUUGAAUUUUCAUUCGAUCGAAUUUGAAGAAAAAGAAGUUGUAAAAAAUAUAUCAGUGAUUUUAAGAGGGAGAAAUAUAUUUGGCGUAUGAGCUCGAGAGCACACGCACAAUUUCCUUGGCAAUCAGUGCAGCCGGAAGCCAGGGGCCAAUCGUCACCGGUUGACUUAUACAACUGGUCUCGAUUGGUCAGGGCCAACCUAGACUGGGGUGUGACUUUUCGUACUU